AUGAAGAGCAUGCAGUUGUCACGUGAGGAUCCACAAGCCGAUGGCGCCGGUGAGGCGUUGCAGCUUGUUAAGAACGAGGAGCGGGUCGAAGGCACAGCUGGUGCUAAUGAAGGGGAACCGUUGCCCGAAGGCGAGCAGCAGUCAGUAAUUACAUCGCGCCGAGCGUUACGAACUAUCACUGCAGCUGGACACAUCACCGAGACUCCCGAAGGCAUAGAUGAUGUUAAGGACGAGCCACCCGAGCCGCAGUUGGAACCCUACCGUACGGCCGCAGAGUCCGAACGGCCAUACGAUGAAGAACGGCUGCGCGCCGCUGAGCAAGACGCCGCACGCUACCUCGCAUUUAAGCAGGAGCCCUACCGGACGCAACAGCCGCCUUCACCAUCUCAGAUGGAUAAACGCGCUAUCCCAGCUUACCGCGCACCCGCAGGGCGCCCGCAAUACGGACGUAGUCUGGCGCUGCGCUAUGGGGCACCGUACCACGUUAUAGUAUCGCAGGAUGGCGAGGAAGCGCCUCCCGAUGGAACCGAGACCUACGCAGGAGAGGCUGACGCACGUCACUAUGCUGUAGCCGCCUCUUUACAAACUGAUCAUGGGCCUACUUUAGAGAUGAUCCAGACAACAGCUCUUAACAAUCAGCAAGCCGUCGGCGUCGCUUACCAACAGGUGAAGUACGAAGGGCGUGGAAUCGCAGGAGGGGCGGGGAGUUCCGGUGGGGCAGGAAGCGCAAGCGAAGCGGAAGCGCGGGCAAGCACGUAUGCAAGCCUGCAACCUGUGACGUCAGUGCAAGGCGGAUAUACUUACGCACAAAGCCCUCAGUAUGCCACUGGAGGCUAUGGUGCCUACGCGCCUGCCGCACCCACUAAAGAGCUGGUGACACUGUAUGGAGGUGGCGGCGGUCGCGGCGAGGAUAGCCCGCCGCAAUUGCUAUACCGCGCUGACCCAACUCUGGCGUCAUCGGGAUUAGGCACUCGUGUAGUAUACGGCCAAGCACCUUACGAGCCGCCGGCUAGCCCUGCGCCGCAGCAGGUCACGCUGUACUCGCACGGCAGCGCGGUGCAGUACAAGGUGGGCGGUGAAUACCUCGCGCAGAGUGGAGUUGAAUACGUGCCAGUCUCUGGAUACGAAACUGGUCUGCUUGUUGAGAGCUACGCACCACCCUCGCAGCCCUGGCCUUCGCAUAACUUGUUACCUAUGGAUGAGCAGUUUGACCCUGGAAUGGCUGGCAUGGGUGAAGUCAAGGAGUGCGUGAACUGUGCGGCCGCAACCACCCCGCUGUGGCGCCGCGACGGCACCGGUCAUUAUCUGUGCAAUGCCUGUGGUUUAUACACACGCAUAAACGGAGUCAACCGACCACCACUCAAAGGACAGAAGGCAAAGCCACAGCAAGCGCUGCCGACGAACGGUAACCGACGUGUUGGAGUGACCUGUGCAAAUUGUCGCACGUCCAACACCACGCUUUGGAGACGCAACAACAACGGUGAACCAGUCUGCAACGCCUGCGGCCUCUAUUACAAGCUGCAUAAUGUAAACCGACCACUGAGUAUGAAAAAGGACGGCAUCCAGACUAGGAAACGGAAACCAAAGAGUAUGGGUGGUGGACAUAGCGGACACGGCGGACACGGUGGCGUAGCCCGGGGCGGCGGUUUAACAGUGGAGGCACACUCGCACAAGGUGCUGCCUCCGCUGUACGCAGCUGUGGAGGGCGCCGCGCCACUGCUGCUCCUACCUGCAACGCACCACGAAGGCGCGUUAUCAGCGUUAGAUCGAGGAAGUGGUACACCGACGUCGCACUACAGACCUCCCUAG